UUAUAACAUUCCUUCUAGUCAUCAGACAGAGUCGUGUUUGUAUCCAUCCUCGCAAUGAUGGAGUUGUCUUCGGUCUCCUUUUCGUUCAAACUCUUAGUGACCGCCAUAGUUACCAUUAGCUUGGCGAAAUUCGUCUCGAUAUUGCAUCGACAACUGACACAUUGGAGGAACCGACGCGUGCCCUAUAUUUGGUCGAUGCCAGUAUUCGGAACGGGAUGGAGAGUUUUCAGCCGUCUCAUGUCCUUUCCAGACUACGCACAAUUCAUUUAUCACUAUUACCCGAACGUAAAGUACGUGGGGAUAAUGGAUUUCGCCACGCCAACUGUCGUCGUUCGGGACCCGGAACUGAUCAAGGAAAUAUCCGUAAAGAGUUUCGAGCACUUCCCCGAUCAUUUGGGCUUCGUCAGCGAGGAGGUAGAUCCUAUUUUUGGGAGAAAUAUAUUUUCCUUGCGUGGCGAUCGCUGGAGAGUGAUGAGAAACACUCUCAGCCCGUCUUUCACUACUAGCAAGAUGAAGUUCAUGUUCAGUUUGGUGUCGAAAUGCUCGAAGGAAUUCGUCGGCUACCUGUACGAUCAUCCAGAGUUCUCUUCCUCGAUGGAAACUAAGGACGCCUUCACUAGGUACACCAACGACGUGAUCGCCACCGCGGCGUUCGGUAUCAGCGUGAAUUCUUUGGAGGACCGUGAAAACGAAUUCUUCACGAGAGGAACCGAUGCCACCAAGUUCGGAGGUUUAGGGCGUCUUUUGAAGUUCAUGUUGUUCCGUUUCAGUCCCUAUUUAUCGAGACUGAUGGGACUCUCGUUCCUAUCGCCCGACUCGGCUAGUUUCUUCUAUAGAAUUGUCUCCGAAACUGUGAAGACGAGGGACGAAGAGAACAUCGUUAGACCGGACAUGAUCCACCUUCUGAUGCAGGCACGGGAUAAAGAGAAGUCUUCGACGCAUCGGAUGACCAUCGAGGACAUAAUAGCCCAAGUAUUCAUCUUCUUCUUGGCUGGCUUCGAUACGUCGUCGACCUUGAUGUGUUAUUUAGUCCACGAAUUGACUGUGAAUCAGGAUAUUCAGGAGAAGCUACGCGAGGAAGUCGAACGCUACAUGGCCGAAGGGAACGGGGACAUCUCUUACGAGGCUCUGUCGAAAAUGGAGUACAUGGAGAUGGUGACGUCGGAAACGCUCAGGAAGUAUCCUCCGGUGGUGUUCAUCGACAGAUUAUGCGCGGAGAAGUUCGAAUUGCCUUCAGCUGGGCCUGGAUACGACGGUGUGAUCGUGCGUCCCACCGAUGUUGUUUGGUUUCCUGUUUACGCGAUCCAUCACGAUCCCAAUUAUUUCCCUGAUCCGGAGAAGUUCGACCCUGAACGAUUCAGCGGAAAAAACAUUGAUAGUAUUCAACCGUAUACGUAUAUGCCGUUUGGUUUCGGGCCUCGAAAGUGCAUUGGCAAUCGUUUUGCUCUAAUGGAAACAAAAAUUCUGAUUGCCCAUCUGUUGCACAGGUUCCGCUUGCACCCCACCGAAAAAACCAAACAUCCGGUCACGUUUAGCAAAGCACAUUUUUCGCUGCUCUCUGAUGACGGGUUCUGGGUUGGACUAGAAAAAAGGAAUGUUUAGAUAAUUAUUCGUAUGAAAGAGUUUCGUAAGGAUGUUUGUCGAAUUUGCAAGUGUAAUAUUUAUUAUUUGCAUGUAUGAGUAAGUUUUGUAGGUUACGUUUUGAUACUGUUUUUGGUGUUGAUAUCAUUGGCCGACCUGCAUUCGAACGAAUGAAUGACGAUAAAUAUAACAUCAUUUUUAAUUUCUUAAAAAUAUAUAUGUAGAUUUCAUUUGAUUGAUAAUGAUGAUAAUGCAUACACCUGGUAAUGAUUAAAUUUAGGGUAAUACCCUUCAUUUUUUAUCAUAUAAUGUUAUCACAUUUUUCACAAUAACGGCUCCUUUCGAAAUUCAAAGAUAAAUCCUGCCUCGCUUGGGUCUUAUAUAAUUUAUAAAUCUAUUAAAGCAUGUCUAAUCAAUGGGAUAUAAAAGUAGUUGGGAAUUUUUACUCGGAAGGAUUUAUAAAUCUUGCCAAUAAGAAGGAUAAAUAUUCAUGGACUUGUAACAAAUUCUUCAUACUUCCUUUAAGAUGAAUCAAUCUUAUUUUGAUAAGCGAGAAUGUUAUCAUCUUCACAAUCUGUUAUCCAGUUUCCAUAAUUUCAGUACAAAACAAAACUAUACAUAUGGUCCACGUGAUAGUUUCAUUUGAAUAAAUCAGUGAGUCAAUCUGUUGCCAUUGUAUAGUAUAUUGUGAUUCAGUAUUGAAGAAGUACUAAGAGACAAUACCAUAAUGUAGUACCACUCGUUGUCAACACUGGUGACACUAUUGUUAUUGAAUAAAUUUGUUUUACAAGUA